AUGCGAUGUCGUGUGUGUUUCUAUAUAUUUUUUUAUCGUAGAACACAAUUUCAAUCUGUGGUUAAGACCAUCCAGCCUUACUUUAUUGUCAAAGUAAAAAAGAUUUAUUAUUUGUGAAUAAAAUAAUACGAAAUUAGCUCAAUAUUAGAUGGAGAAGAAGCUAUGUUGAAUCUUUGUGAUAUUUUUAUAAAAGUUGUAAUACGAAAUUCCAAGAGGUAUUGCACCCGUUUAAACGGUAGAGUAGAAAGGAGAAAUUUAUAAAGAGCUCAUAAUUCAAAUUAGUAACACUACGAACGCAAUAUUAGACAUAUAUGGAAGAUCGAAGGUCAGAAUUGCGAUUACUACUGAUUCUUGUAUCAGAAAUGCUCUACCGUUUUCUCUUUUAUGGUAAACGCGUCGACCUUGUUAUCAAUAUCAGUUUUUAUACGAUAUACUUAUACUCGUACGACGACUCUUAAUAGAUCCUCCUCCCAUUACUUAUUCUGUCUUGGACUUUGAUACGUGCAUCAAGUGUUUCUCGAGUUUCGAACUUUAUCUUUUUAUACUUUUCAUUAUACCAUAAACAAUAUCUUUUGUAUAUAUACAAACAUUUUGUAUAUAUAUAUAUAUAUAGAUUGUAUAUAUAUAUAUAAUAGAAAGACAUUCUUUGCUCUUUGGCGCUUUAUUUUAUUACUGUUAGACUCGUUCGAAAGAUGAAAUAUGCAGUGAUCGGUGCAGGAGCAGCAGGUUUAGCGGCUCUUCGACAUUUCGCUUCCGGUACUUACAAAGAUGAAAUCGUUUGCUACGAGAAAACGGAAGAAAUCGGUGGCACUUGGGUUUAUAGAGAAGAAACUGGUUUGGAUCGGUACAAUUUACCGAUUCAUACCAGCAUGUACAAAAGUUUAAGGACGAAUCUACCGAAAGAAGUGAUGGGCUUUCCUGAUUUUCCGAUACCAGAUCGACCAGAGAGUUACUUGACGCGCAAUGAAAUACUUCAGUUUCUUAAUUCCUAUUGCGAUCAUUUUAAAUUGAGAGAAUACAUUCGCUUUCUUCAUCACGUUGAAUACGUAGAACCUACCUCGGAGGAUCGUAAAUGGUCAGUUAAGGUCAAAAAUUUGAAGGAGAACGUUGUUAAAACUGAGACGUUCGAUGCAAUUAUGGUUUGCAAUGGUCAUUACUUCGAACCCUUUAUUCCAAAUUUAAAAGGUCAGGAUGUUUUUCAAGGAGAUCAACUGCAUAGCCAUGAUUACAGAGUACCGGCCAUUUUUAAAGACAAAACUGUCGUUGUCCUUGGUGCAGGUCCUUCCGGUAUGGACUUAGCUCUUGAAAUAUCGACGAGUGCAAAACGUGUAAUUUUAAGUCAUCAUUUAAAGGAGUCGAUACUGACAAGAUUUCCCGAUAAUGUGAUUCAGAAAACCGACGUCGUAGAGUUAACCGAACACGAUGCAGCUUUUCAAGACGGCAGUAAGGAAACGAUCGACGUUAUAUUCUAUUGUACAGGAUACAAAUACAGUUUUCCUUUUCUCUCGGAAAAAUGCGGUAUUCGCGUGGAUUCGAAUAUGGUAACGCCACUUUGGAAACAUCUUGUGUCUAUAGAAAAUCCUACUCUCGCUAUUGUCGGAUUACCAUUUUACGUUUGCGCCUUUAGUAUGUUUGAUCUCCAGAUACGAUUUCUUUUGCGGUUUUGGCAUGGAGAUAAAUCCUUUCCUGAGAAAGCAAUGAUGUUACGAGAAGAGUCGGAAGAAUUGGAAAGACGUAUUCAAAAUGGAUUGAGUAAAAGACAUUUUCACAUGAUGGGUACAGAGCAAGGUAAAUAUUACGAUGACUUGGCAAAUACAGCUGGAAUAACUCCACUCCUUCCGGUAUUAGUGAAGUUGCACAACGAGAGUAGUAAACGUUUUUUGGAUGAUUUGGUGCAUUAUCGAGAAGAUAGGUAUAGGAUUAUUGACGAUUAUAACUAUGUGCAACUCUGAAGAUAUAUUUUGUAGAAAAAAAGAAAAAUAAACGAAAAAAAAAAAAAAAAAAGAAAAAAAAAGAAAAGAAAAAGAAAAAAGUAAACAGAUAAGCAAUGGUUUAUAUAGAUAUGAACUGUAUGUUAUAAACAAUAUGCUUUAUUUGUGUAAAAUGAAGACGAAAACAUUAUAAGUACUUAUAACUAUAGUAGAGUACCAAUACAUAAAAAAUGUUUUGCCAUAUA